CAGUUAAAUCUUUUAGCCCUUACUUAACAAUCACCAGAUUUUAGGAAAAGCUUCUUGUUCUCUUUAUUUUUUAUUAUACUAUUUUAUUUAUCAAUUAUUUUCCAAUGUUGAUCAACGAACUUCCCGAUGAUUGUUUGCUCGCCGUUUUCGAUCAGAUUAGUUACCUGGAUGAUUUAAUAAACUGCUACAAAGUGUGUGUUAGAUGGAACUAUUUAAUUCCUGAGCGAACUAAAAAAGUUAAAUAUCUGAUCGUGCAAGGUGGAGAUUAUGAAGUCCGUGGUUAUUCAUCGGAUUGUGUUUAUUAUAAAGAAGCAGAUGAGGUUUAUGGCACCUGUCUGAGCAAAUUAUUUCCAAAUUUAAUAAUAUUUGAAUUUUGUACGCUCAGAUGCCCAGAUAGAGAAUUUUGCAAGUGUAUUGUUUCAUUUGUCAGAAAUCAGGGAACUUUGAAAGGCUUAAUCCAUUCAUAUUCCGAUCCAAUGGAAGAAUAUUGUGAAACACUCGAAAUGCUAUCUACCAGCUCAAAGCAACCCAGAAUAUCAAAUGGUUCCAGAAUGAAACAAUUGGAAACUGGAGGUCAGGAUUCUCUUGAGGCUGUCCAAAGAUAUUCACAUGAUUUUCCAAAUCUUGAAAUGCUGCAAACAUCUAUUGUUAAUAAUGACCAUCGCGAUAGAUUACGAGUCCCACUAUUUGAAAAGCUUAAAAUACUGGCACUAUAUUCCGAUGACACGAGAGGCAUUUUUUAUGGUUUUCAGUUGAUGGAUUCAUGUCCGAGUUUACAGAGUGCCCACAUUUGCAUACAAGCGGACCGCUUUUUUGUUGAUGAAACAGUAAAACACGAAUGUUUGCAGGACUUAGCGAUAGAAUUUUGCAACGGUGAACAAAUCAACUGGAAUGAUUUAAAAAGAUUGCUAAUGAAAUACCCGAAUCUCCGACAUCUUAGGUUGCAGGGAUUGAACAUGAAACAUGGGCAGAUCAAGCAAUUGGUUCACAUUUUAUCAAAUUUAGUUCUACUUGAUGUUCGUGAAUGUCAUAAAGUCACUCAAAAAACUGCUGAUUAUGUUCAAAAUUAUUGUAAAAGAAAUGGAAGAUCAAUCAAAUUUUACUUCGAUGGAAAUCCUGAUUCAAUCAAAGCAGAUUGGCCGCAGUCAUCAAAUAAAGAAAUACAGUUUGUAGCUUUUAGUCGAGGCUUUGAUUUCAUGAAGCAUUGCUUUUUUGCAAAUAUUUUUUCCAUUCCACGUUUCUUGAUUCCUAUUGAUUAUUGAUACCACAAUUUGUUUCAAUUAUAUUAUUCUGUUGCUAUUAAAAUCACAAGGCUAGACUAAGUCAACAUUAAAGGGUCAUCUUUUAAAAAUUUAUUCAAAAAGAUCAGUUGAUCAAGUUUAAAUCUGUAAUUUGAGAUGGUUGAACUUAUGAACAAUUUCAAUUUUGCAAUCUAUUGAAACAAUAUUAUCUUGUUGUCUUAAUUUUGUUGAAACUGAAAGAAAUGAUUUUCCAUUUGUUUUUGUUUUUUUCAAUCAUAUAAAUCUAGUCCGAAAAUGCCAUAAUUUUGAACUUAUCUCAUAUUUACCAUUCAAUGAAACAGUUUCAUUGAAAUGCUUGUAAAAAUUUCCCAUUUAUCAAAGCUCGUAAUAUUUUUAUCGAUACAAUCGAAGGUUAUUAUCGUAUCGAAUAUCUAGAUCUUAAAUGAUCCGAUAUAGACUCAAAUGAAAAAUCCUUCAACAACUUAUUGUAUCUCUUGAAAACAAACAAAUUAUGAAAAUUAGAUUUACAUUUCAUUACAAUGAGUAAAUUUCAUUUUAUGGUGACUAUUUUUAAAUUUGUUGUGAUUUAAAUGAAUAAUCAGACAUCAACCACUUGUUUGGUGGUCCACACUGGUUUUCUUAUCAACUUAUAUCUUCGUUAUUCUUCAAGAAAAAACAUAUUUCUAAAACAAGUGAAUAAUAAAAGUGGUUAAAGAUAAUUGUUUGUGAAAAUGAAUGGUUUCUCUGAUAGCCUGUCGAGUUCACCUGAUGAAUGGUCACUCGAAAAUGUAUCUCAAUGGUUAGAAUCAAACAAUUUCGACUCCUACACUGAAAUUUUCUUUCAACACAAGAUUGAUGGGAAAGCCCUUCUCAUUCUCACUGAAGAUGAUCUCCGUAAAGCUCCGCUUUCCAUCAAAGUCCUUGGUGACAUCAAACGCCUUUCUUUGGCCAUUAAACGUCUUCAAGCAUCUAAUAUGGAAACUGUAAAAUCUCUAAUAUCAACUUCAUCUGUGAAUUCAAGCCACUCUCACACCUCCAGUCAUUUUACAACCUCAAACAGCCAUACUUACAAUCGCCGAGGUCAUCAUCAUCAUCACCAUCACCAUCAUCAUCAUGGCGGCAACAAUGGCAACUUCCAUCCUCUUAAUUCACAUAACCUCAGAGAAAGUGAUGCCUCAGCUUUAUCGUCAACCUCAAUUUCAUCUGAUGGUACUUUCUAUUCUUCCUCGGAUGAAGAUACUAUUAAAACAUCUAGACCCGAAACUCGAAAUAGCUCUUCCAUUCAUAAAGCUAGACCCGAAGCUUGGAAAGCCUUAGUGGCUAUGGGUUAUUUCUUCAUGGUCACAUGGAUCACAGCUUUUGUUAUGGUUAUUGUCCAUGACCGAGUUCCUGAUAUGCAAACCUACCCUCCAUUACCUGAUAUUUUUCUUGACAAUGUACCUCUCAUACCGUGGGCUUUCCAAAUGUGUGAGCUAUGUGGUGUAGCAUUGUUCCUUAUCUGGUCUUUUAUACUCAUAUUUCACAAGCAUAGGUUUAUUCUGCUUCGACGGAUGUUCUCACUUUUUGGAUCAGUAUUUCUAUUGCGAUGUGUGACCAUGCUUAUAACCUCUCUAUCCGUCCCAGGUCGACAUCUUAAAUGCACUGCUCGUCCUUAUGGAAGUUGGAUCGAAAGGUUGCACCAAGCUUAUUUGAUUUGGGCUGGUGGAGGAAUGUCCAUUAAAGGAGUACGAACUUGCGGAGAUUACAUGUUUAGUGGUCACACCGUUACUUUGACGUUGCUCAAUUUUUUCAUCACUGAAUAUACUCCUUCACGAAUGUAUUAUAUUCAUACAUUGUCCUGGGUUUUGAAUCUUUUUGGGGUAUUUUUCAUUCUUGCUGCCCACGAACAUUACUCCAUUGAUGUAUUCAUCGCUUUUUAUAUAUCAACUCGACUUUUUCUUUAUUACCACACUCUUGCCAAUAAUCGAGCAUUAUACCAAAGAGAUCGAAAGCGAACACGGAUUUGGUUUCCACUUUUCUAUUUCUUUGAAUCAGGUGUCAAUGGAAUUGUACCUAACCACUUCGAACAACCAUUCAGAUUGGAUUCCAUCAAAAAUUGGGUUCAAAAAAUGAGAAAAUCAAAAGAAUCUUGAAUUUGACUGAAAAUACGAAAAAACGAUUAACUACAAUCAAAUUCAGCAUUCGUUAAGUUAAAUUUCUAAAAGCUUCAAGUUUAUUUUUGUCAUCAUAAAGCUUAUUACAUAGUUUAUUUUUGUUUCAAUCAGUAAUUUUGGUGUUCUAGGAUAAUCUCAUUUGAUUUUUCUUGUCAUAAUUUUGAUUUAUUUUUUGCUCUUUACCGUAUAGAAACUUCUUCAAUUCAUCUUGUCAUCUAUUUGAUUGUUUCAAAACUAUGCAUAGAAAUUUAUCUUUACUAUUAAUAUUAUCUCAUUGUUUUUUCGCUGUAAUAUACUAUUCCUAUGUAAUUUCUGGUAAAUUUCAUUCAAUUACAUGUAAAAGUUAGUGUAAUCUAAAUGAUUCAGUGUACACUCUAACAUCCAUUUAAGGAAACUUUUGGUUCAUCCAUUUAAGAAAUCAUACAUCAACUGAAUAAGCCAUCAUAAAGUAACCUACGGUCACAGUAACAUUAA